AUGGCAGGGCACAUCAUCCUCGUCUCCUGUUUGCUAGCAAUCUGCCUACCCAUCAUCUGCGUACAGCUGCCUCGCUUCGCGACCGUCAAGGAAGUGCACGCUGAGACCGAGGCAGAAACACGAUCCACGCUACUACGACAACGAACACUAUCACCAUCGGGAGCGCGGGAGGUCCUGCGACGGUUCGCACGAUCCUGGUCCGAGGCCAGUCUCGAAAUCGCAAGUGCGGACCCGGAGCAGGAGCAAAGUGGCUUUGGAAACGCCGCGGCGCCCUCGGGUGGACGAAGAUGGUAUACGGGUACAUCCAGGGCCACCUUCCAAGGCGACGCGUGUGCGGACGGCAGACGCUCGUCGAAAGAAGAAGUCGAGCUGAGAAAGGCGAGAGCAGGCAAGAAGCCCUGGGACCCGCCAUUCAAAAGGCAGCUUGCAGGGACUGAGCUCGCUGGGAAGAGUCCCGUGGGACGGUGGCACGCUGUUACGGACGCUUCACCACCACGCAAAACGGGCCGGGAUUUGGAAGCACGAGGUCUUGCAAGGAGAUUGUUCCCGCCAGACCCCGUGACUGAGAUGGACGGGAGCGAGUAUGACCGAUUGCAAUCACCGCAUGAGAUACUGAAUGGGCGUCCUCCACCGAAGAAUCAAUCGCAAUCGCACGGCAUGAAAGCUGGACCAUCUAGUGAGCCACAGUCGAGGCCUUCACAGACUGCAAGCAUGCCACCUCUACCGACCGAUUCAGAGUCUUUGCCGUCGCCGCUUGAUGGAUCACCGCUGCUCUCUGAGACCUACCUACCGCAAAGCACCCCACCUAUCCAGACCAGAGGGCACCGAAGGUGUCGCUGCCACCAUUCUGGUCAUUCUGGCUCUGAAUCCACAGUCCCAGAGCCGCCUAACGUUGCAUCAACGGCAGCCAAGGAAUCCUACCCAUUUGGAGGGGGUCUGCUCUGCCAAACGUGCCCUCGUUCUUGUCCAAGAUUGUCUGUCGAGCCCUGCGAACACCCUUCGACCGAUUCACCGAAAUCCCGACAAGACGACGUUAAAGCCAUCCCUCAUGAACAUCGAAAAGUGACGGGUCAUGAUCCCUCCGAAAACUCUGCGAAGCAAAGUCCAAUGGAUACUGGCAAGAGCAGCCCUAAGGACGUUGUAAAGCAAGCUCCCAUAGGCGCCCCAAGACCUUCCGGUAAAGACCGCAAGAUAAGUAUGCCGCUAUGGCAAAUAUUGCUGGUCGCCAUGGGGUUCGUCACGUUCGUGUUCGCUGUCGCCAUCCUGGUCGCGCAUUGCCUGGCUUGGUUCCUGGUGUACAAGACCGAAGCGCGUUUGGGCGAGGUGCGGGCAGGCCUUUUGAGAGGUGGAGAGAUGAAGUUGUGCCUCUGCGGUAGAGGCUGA